UAUCCGAUAAAACGUUUUCCGACCCUAAAAUAUUUAAUUGUACAUUUUUAAAGUAUUAUAAUAUAUGUUUUAAAAUGUAUUUUGUAUUGACAAGUAAAAAUUGAAAUUAAUGAACUGUAGACAAAGCUUAUUUAAAAAAAAAGAUAAGUAUGUUGCUAAGAAAUUUGAAACUUUACAAAGUUAAAAGUGGACUUGCACCAGGUAACAGUCAUAUUUUGUAGAUUUUAUUUUAAGGAUUUGAAGUAUACAAAAUCAUUUUUUUUCUAGUCGUUCAGAUAUGCAGAUUGUCUAGCAGUAUUCCACUGGAGGAUUUCCCAGUUGGUACAGUAUCUGAGAAACAAGUAAAACCUGAAAGAAAGUCAAUUGUUCCAUCUAACUGUAGAUAUGUAUAUCCUGAAUUUCUCCCAGAUCCAAAAAUGCAAUGGCGAAAUCCGUUACGAGAAAAACUAGAACGUAUGGACAUGAUUCAAAGAAGGAAGCAUAUAGAUAUUCCAGAGUUUUAUGUUGGUAGGUAACAAUAAUACAAUUAUAGUUUGUAAAACGUUUUUAACAUUAUUGUUUUAAUUUUAUUGAAUGGUCAAUUUUUAUCUUGAUAUUUAUAGCAAAUCUAAUAUUUUUACUGAGAUAUUUAUUAAUUUGCCAUUACCAAAUAUUGUACAUUAUUUAGCUACAGUUAUUUAAUCAUAAGUGUGUACAUUUCCUUUUGUUAGGGAAAGCAGCAAUCUUUGAUAUCAAUUCAUAUACAUACUCAUGGUUAGUGGUGUAUUGAUAAAUAAAUUUAUGGGUAUUCACACCUAUAAUAGAUUAAAUAAACCAUCCAAAUCUUGUUACACUCAAAAUGACAUUCAAUUUACUAUGGAUCAAACUACCUAAUUACCUUUCUAACCAACACAUUGCCUAGAUAUAUAUUUGACAUCCUAAAUAACUUUUUAUUGGCAUAUUUCUGAAAUUUUACAUUGAUAAUUUAUUUUUGUAAUAGUUUUAAAAUUAAUUUACUUAGUUACUAACAAAUGUUUGUGCAAUUAUGAAUUUGUUUUAAAAUUUACAUUUACAACAUAAAUUUAGUUUAAAAGUGAAUUGUAAACUGAUAGUAUUUGGUUUAGCAGGAUUUUCUCUAUGAAGAUCUAUAUUUUAAACUUGACUACCAGUCUCUUCUCUUUUAAGACAGACUACAGGUAUAUAAUAAAAUAAUAAUUGUUUAAAAACAAUAUGUGAAAACAAUUACACAAUUUUUUACUUUUAUGAUGCAAACUAAUUCAUAUCUCUAGAAAUGUAUAAUGCUUCUAAAAUUAUCUACAUUAGAUUAAAGUUCCAUUACAUUAUGUUAAAAAACAAAUAAUUUCUGACAUACUGAAAAUAAUCAUAAAAAAUAUACUUGGAUGGUAAAUCUUACAGAGAAGACAGCUGUUUACCUAUGUGCACUCCUAUAAAUGUAAAGAAAUACAAGUAAAGAAUUACCGUCAUAUAUAUUUUUACCACAAUACAAUUUUCUCUGUCUAUCACACUCCGUUAAGUUUAAGGCUAAGGGAUAUUAUAAAGGAUAGUAUUUAUCAUGCCUUGGCCUAAUGAUUAUUUUAACAUAUUAAUUUAUUAAUAAGUUUAUUUAUGGUUAAAAUUAACUUGUAUUAAAAUACUCUUUAGUUUCACAAUAAAAAUAAUACUAGGAAAAUCAUUGAACCAAGACGUAGUAUAUAAUAUUUUUUAAAAAAUGUAUAAUAGGCCUUAACCAGAGUGUUGGCAUCAUUGAACUGCGGAAUGUAUUUGUUGCUAUAUACAUAUUAUAGCAACAAAUCUAUUUCGUACAUAGCGAGAUUGACAGAGAAAAUAAGGUAUGUGUAAAGGACCCUUACAUUUUAUUUGAGAACAACUUGAACUAGAUUUAACCGUUUUUCCAAUUUUUGGUAAUAAAAAUUAAAUUUGAUGUCUCAAUGAACAGACAACAUAGCAAUAGCACAACUAUAUAUAUAAGUGUAAAUAUAUUAACUGAAGCUGAUUAGGCUGUUAAUAUUAUUUCAUACAACAACAAAUGGCAAUACAAUUGUGUCAAAAUCAUUUCUAUUUCUAAUUUUGAAAAAUACAUUCAUAACUUAAUUCAUUAUAUAAAAAUAUCAAAUAAGAAUUAUCAUUUAUAUCAUAUUAUAACUUAUUUAUUUAUUUUUAUUCGUAUUUUAAAAUAUAUUGGUUUUAGUAAGGAUUUACUUUGACUUAUUUUGAAUGGAGAUUUUAUAUGUAUUUAUAGGUUUUAAUUGUGAAAUAUUUUGAAUAAGUGAUAUUUAGAGGGUGUAUUAAUGUAGUGUACUGUUUUUGUAUGCAUACUUAUUUUUCUUUUUUAAAUUCUUUGCUAUAAGAAUACAAUUUUGUUUUAAAAACUAAAUUGUUUCAACUGCUUCAAUUAUAUUUAAACAACAAAAAAAAAAAUUAAAUUUUUUAAUCAAAUUCAUACAUUAAUAUAAUACACAAUCCGGAAUAAUUUUAUCUUGGGUUAAAAAAAAACCAUGUUCUUAAAUAUAUUAUAUGUAUAAUUAGGAUAUUAACUGAAACAUUUAUAUUAUGUAAGCAUAACAUACCAAACAAUUUUUUAUUCUUGAAAUUCAUUAGUAUUUUUAAUUUUAUAUAAUUAACUAAUUAUAGUUUAGAUAAACUAUAUAAACAGUUGUUUUAGAAAAUUUUUCUUAAUUUAAUAUAUUUUUUAGUUUUGAAUUUAUGAAUGUAUAAUAUAUUUAAUUAACUAUAAGUCAAUAUUUAUACUUUGGUUAUUAUUCAAUUACUAUAUAUUUUUUUUCAUAUUCUCAGGUACCAUCAUGGCUGUUACAUCAUCUAAUCAACAUGCUCCUAAUAAAGCUACUCGCUUUGUUGGUAUAUGCAUACAGCGUUUAGGAUGUGGCCUUAGAGCUAAUUUCACUCUUAGAAAUGUUAUAAAGCAUAUAGGUGAAUACAUAUACAUAUUUUCUUAACAUAUUCUACCUGGGAAAAUAUAAAUUAUUUUAUAAUUAGGUACUGAAAUGAAAUAUCAACUUUAUGAUCCAACAAUACAAAAGAUUGAAGUUUUACGUUUAGAAAAACGUCUUGAUGAUGAGUUGUUAUACUUAAGAGAUGCUCCUAAUGAGUAUAGUACAUUUGAUGAAAAUAUGGAAGCUGAAUAUUUACCUGAAGGAUCACCUAUACCAGUUAACACUACAAUGGUAAAAUUAAUAAUAAUAAUUAUUAUUAAAAAUAUGAUAUUAUAACUCAAAAUAUAACUAAUUUUUUUGUUUAGGUAAAAUUAAAACCAAGACCUUGGCGUGCACGGUGGGAAAGAAAAAAUAUGAAGGGAUUGGCUGAUUUAGAACUACCAGAGCGAUUUUAUAAAAGAGCUGAAGAAUUAGCCACACCCUGGGAGAAAUAUGAUUUAAUGAAACAAUAUAGGUAAAUUACAUUUCCUCAAAUUGUCUUAUCAAUUUAAAUUAUUAUAAUUUUCAAUUAAUAUUUGGUUUUAUAGGAGAACAAUACCAGAAGAAGAACAAAAAGAAAUAUUUGCGGAAGUUUACUCAGAAUUACAUGAAGUUAAUGUUAUGCGGAAGAAACAGAAGCGAAAAAAAGUUUUUAUUAAACCCUUUAAAAAUUAAUUUAAUUAUCUGCACAAUACCUAAUAUAGAUUUGUUUAAUGUAUUUUU